ACUACUGCCUUCCACCAUCACAGCCAAUACACACCAACCAACCACCCCGAGCUCACCAAUGGAGGUGACUGCGCUGAGCGUCGGUAAGUCCGUGCUGAAUGGAGCGCUUAGCUACGCCAAAUCCGCUCUGGCCGAGGAGGUAGCUUUGCAGCUCGGUGUCCGCCGUGACCACUUGUUCAUCACCAACGAGCUUGAGAUGAUGCAGGCUUUCUUAGAGUCUGCUCAUGACGAGGGAGACGACAUCAACAGGGUGGUGAAGGUAUGGGUGAAGCAAGUUCGAGAUGUGGCGUACGAUGUGGAGGACACUCUCCAGGAAUUUUCCGUUCGUUUGGAGAAGAAGUCCUGGUGGCGUAUCCGUCGCACGCUGCUUGAUCGGCGCCGUGUGGCCAAGCAGAUGAAGGAGCUUAGAGCCAAUGUUGAGGAUGUCAGCCAGAGGAAUAUGCGCUAUCACCUUAUCAAGGGAUCUGAUUCAAAGCCUGCAACCACCGGUGGGCAAUCUGCCAUCGCCGGUGCCACCGUGAUGUCUGGCAACGAUGAAGCAAGGCGGCAGCUGGAAAAAGCGAAAGAUGAUCUCUUUCAACUGAUCAGGAAGAAGGAUGACGAUCUUAGAGUGAUCGCGGUUUGGGGAACAAGUAGUAACGUCAGGCGGACAUCCAUAAUAGAAAGAGUCUUUGCAGAUGUGAAGAAACACAGGGUUUUUGAUUGCCAUGCCUGGAUAACGUUGACACGUCCUUUCAAUUCAACGGAGUUCCUAAGAAGCAUUAUCAGGCAGUUCUAUGUUAAUUUUCUUCAAGAGUCCGACAGAAAGGAAAAUAUAAUUGGGGGUCCUCAAGAUCUGAGAAGGAUGGGGAUGAAGAAGGGAAAUGAUUUGGCUGACGAGUUCAAGAGAUAUGCCAAUGAGAAGAGUUUCCUGAUUGUGCUUGAUGACCUAUCCACCAUUGAAGAGUGGGAUUGCAUUAAAGCAUGUUUUCCGAAUAACAAUAAAGGAAGCCGAAUAAUAGUUUCCACAGAGCUGGUUGAAGUUGCAAGCUUAUGCGUGGGACCAGAAAACAUCACACCAGAGCACAAGCAGUUGUCUGUUGAUUUAACUUUGUACGCUUUCUAUGAGAAGGGUUCUCUAGAUGGCACAGAAUCAACAGAGGCUGGGUCUAGCUCAAAUGUGGGAACUCAUGUGAGUGACAGCUCUGACAAUAGGAAGAUGCUCAAUCGUACAGAGACAAUGCUAGCAGCUUUAAAGGAAUCUCGGCUCAUUGGGCGAGAGACAGAAAAGGCAGAAAUUGUUAAACUAAUUACAACUGAAGAUAGCCAACUUGAUGUGAUCUCCGUGUGGGGAAUGGGUGGUCUUGGAAAAACCACACUAGUGAGAGAUGUCUACCAAGAUGAAAUACUCAGUGGGAAGUUUGAGAAGCGUGCUUGUGCCACAAUUAUGCGCCCUUUCAAUGUUAACGAGCUCCUCCAGAACUUAGCUUUGCAGUUUGGCUAUAAGGAUGUCCCAGAAAUGGACAAACAAUUACCAGGAAAGAAAUAUUUGAUUGUUCUUGAUGAUAUAUCAUCCAAUAUAUUUGGCAAGGCUACGAAUAUGGAUGAGGAGUAUCCUGAGUUGGUUGAACAUGCAAAUCUGAUCCUAAAGAAAUGCAAUGGACUCCCACUUGCAAUAGUCACCAUUGGGGGCUUUUUGGCAAACCAACCAAAAACCGUUAUGGAAUGGAGGAAAUUGAAUGAGCAUAUCCGGGCCGAGUUGGUGAUGAAUCCAGAGAUUGGUACCAUAAGAACCAUUCUUAUGAGAAGCUAUGAUGGUUUACCCUAUUACCUAAAGUCUUGUUUCCUGUAUAUGCCCAUCUUUCCUGAGGACUACUUGGUUAGACGGAAACGCUUGGUGCGUCGCUGGUCUGCAGAGGGCUAUUCAAGGGAGGUGCAUGGUAAGACUGCGGACGAAGUCUCCGAUAGCUACUUCAUGGAACUUAUAAGCAGGAGCAUGUUUUUACCAUCUCAACAAUCACUUCAUGGUAUAGAAGGAAUUGGUUCCUGCCAAGUCCAUGAUCUCAUCCGUGAAAUCGGCAUCUCAAAGUCAAUGGAAGAAAAUCUUGUUCUUACACUGGAGGAAGGUUGCAGUUCAAACAGCCAACGCACUAUGCGCCACCUUGCCAUAAAUGGCAAUUGGAAAGGAGAUCAGAGUGAAUUCGAGAGCAUGGUGGACAUGACCCGUGUAAGAUCGGUAACAGUUUUUGGCAAGUGGAAGUCAUUUUUCAUUUCUGACAAGAUGAGUCUACUACGGGUGCUGGACUUGGAAGACACAACAGGUCUACGCGAUCAUCACGUCAAGCAUAUUGGGAAACUCCUUCACUUAAGAUACCUUUCUCUAAGAGGAUGUGAUGCUAUUUUUCACCUGCCAGAUUCAUUGGGUAACUUGAGAGAACUCGUGACGCUAGAUGUCCGAGGAACAAGAAUAAUCAAGCUGCCAAGGAGUAUCAUCAAUCUCCAGAAUCUAAGCUAUCUUCGUUCUGGUAGGAAUCCGGAUGAUGAGGAUGGCUCAUUUGAACACAUUUUUCAUGACACUCCAAAGUUUAUUGACAACAGACCAUGUGUUAUGUGUAUCAUUGCGGGAGUUUCUUGUUGUUGGAGAAGUACUACAGCUGAGAUUCUUUAUGAUGGCAUUGACCUUAAUUACCAUGAUACAUGCACUGCUCUAUGCUGCAAUGGGUUCCCUUUUAUUGCAAUGCGCCUGGACUUGCAUGGUGUUCUAGUGCAAAGUGGGAUGAGGAAGCUGAAAGCCUUACACACAUUGGGUGUUGUGAACAUCGCACGGCGGGGUAAGGAUGUUCUAAAGGAUAUAAAAGGGCUCAUUCAGUUGCGCAAGUUAGGAGUGACUGGCGUCAAUAAGGAAAACGGACAAGAGUUGUGUAUGGCAAUUGUUGGUCUGACCCGGCUGGAGUCAUUGUCAAUCCGGUCAGAGGGGGAGCCUGGUUUAUCUGGCUGCUUGGAUGGAGAGUUCUCAUUCCCGGAAAACUUGCAGAGCCUCAAGCUGUAUGGUAACCUGGUCAAACUACCGGAAUGGAUAAAGGGGCUGAGGAAUCUGGUGAAGCUGAAACUGCGGAGCUCAAGGAUUUCAGAGCAUGAUGAAGCCAUAGAGGUCCUUGGGGAUCUACCAAACCUGGCAUGCCUGCAUCUGUUGAAGAAGUCGUUCGAGCAGAGUAAUGCUUGUCUCACAUUCCGUCCACACAUGUUCCCGAACCUGGUGGUGCUGCAACUUGACGAAAAUAUGGAGCUAUUUGUGAAGUUUGAACGAGGAGCAACCCCUAAGCUAGAGCUGCUCAAGUUCUGUCAUUCAUACAUCAAUAGUCGGACACUCUCGGGGCUACCAUCUCUGGCAAGCCUGAAGGAGGUUCUGCUCGAAGGUGGCUAUGAUAACAACGAAUUGGCGUACCUGAGGGCCGAGCUCGCAGAAAAUCCAAGUCGACCGGUCAUAAAGAGGGUCUGA